AUGGGAGAAUCGGCUCUAAACCGUACCCGAGCGUUGAUGAAACAACGCGCAGACCCUCGCUGCGUGGUGAAGCCGGUCUUGGCGUCGCAUCACAUAUGUGGCUUGUGGAACCACCCCGACAGCCAGCUUCGAGAGCAGAUUCUGAGAACGAUCGAACGAUUACCUGACGCUCAGGCCGUCGAUAUUCUACGCAAAGGGUACAAAGAUGCUGCAGAACUUCCUGUCACCGUUUGCAUCACGCUAACUAAGCGCUCUUCAUCGUGGGCGAAGAUCGAUCGAAUCCUCCGGGAACUGCGAAAGAUUCUUGACAAUCAUGGACUUCCCGAUAUCAUUUGCGAAGUAAUGGAGUCAGCAAUCUCUUUUCAUUCGUCCGCGUCUACUGCUCAGGCUCCGGGGCUCACGACAACGGAGGAAGAGGAGACUAGGCUGGUCUCAUUUGUGGGAACCAGCAUUAGCCCGCUGGCUACAACUGCCUCAGGCGAGUUUUCGGAACUGGCGGUGGAAGGAUCACUCGGGCUAGUUUUAAAAUGGAAGCAACAGGACGGUUCUGAGAAAACUGUGGCCUUGACAUGCCGACAUGUGGUGCAGGAUGAGGCUCAGUUGAAAGCCACGAUGAACGAGCCGCUGACCGAACCGAUCAACAUCAUACAGCCUGGUCCUGAUACAUUCCGACAAAUCCAGGACACCUUGACUGAGAUUCAAGAACAAGCUGAGCCGGGAGAGAUCAGAGAGCAUAUCGUGGCUGCCCUUCAUCAGCUGUCCGCCUUCCAGCAACUCAGUGCGCGGGUUGUUGGCCAGGUCUUGUUUGCGCCACGGUUUGCACUUCGUCCUGUUGUUCCUCAAGAUACCACUAUUGUUCGUCAAGAGGAUCAAGCCGGCCCUCCAAGCAGGGAGUUCACAUGGCUGACCGACUGGGCUCUAGUUGAUGUACACCAGGAUGUGGCCCCCGAUUUGGCUAAUCAAGUCAUUGUCUCGAGAGCCCAACACUCACGUCUCCUCGACCAUGAAGCUACGAUACGCACCAGGAGCAUUGGAGUUGAUGAUGUCACGCUUGAGCUAUCUGGUACAGUUUCUGAGUCUGAACUGAUGGCAAUGCCGAGGGACGAAAGCAACCAAGCGAUCGUCGCCAAAUUCGGUGCGGCCACCGGGCUAACAACCGGAAAGAACAGUUGGAGCCAAGAGUGGUGCAUCAUAGGCAUGAAAAAGGACCCUAAUCAGGGCAUGCUAGCACAACGGACCAUGUUUUCUGCGCAGGGCGACUCUGGUGCAGCGGUCUGGUUCCUAGAUGGGAAGAUAGCUGGUAUGUUAACGUCUGGCCGCUGUCGUGGAGUUGUGGAUGUUACCUAUGCUACCUCAAUUGAACGCUUACUCAACGACAUCAGAGGAAGGGGGUAUGAUGUCGAACUACCCUAG